AUGAUUACACCUUUCUUUACUAUAAACCAAGAUGAUGAAUUCAUAUUCAUAGAUGUGAAGAUUUCACACGUUCGGUUUAACAGUCAAAAUAUUGAGAUGAUGGUUGAUAAUGAAUUAUUCAUAUUUUCAUUAAGUCCAUACUACUUGAGAAUUAGAUUACCAUUUGCUUGUAUCGACGAUGAAAGAUCGCAUGCCCAGUUUGAUUCUAAAAGUGAAAGUGUUAAAAUUAAGAUUCCCAAGCUUAACAAAGGAGAAUUCUUCCCAGAUUUGGAUUUAAGUUCGAAGUUACUUGCUAGAUCGAUUAAUGGAACUCAUGAGGAAGCUCUUUUGAAAGAGGCUGGAGAAAUCAAUGAUGGCAACAGUCAAACACCAAAAGAGACCUCCACUAAACCAUUGAUUCAAGAGCUCGAUGUGAACAAUGAUUUAUCUACAACUCCAGGUAAUUUAGAGAAAGAUAUUGCGGAAGGUGAAAGAUUCAAUUGGGAAGUUGCUCAGACAAUGCCAGAUGAACAAAACGAUGAAAAUUCGCAUAUUAACAUUACCAAGGUCAGAUACGGAUUUAAUAAUGAGUAUGACUCUAUAGUUGGUGUGUCGAUUUCUAAUGGGAAUGAUAUCAAUGAACUUGGUGAUCCUGAAGCCACCCCUGCUAGUGAUAGAAUCGUUGAAAGAUUAAUUAAAGAAAAUAUUAAAUUUGAUCCAGAAUAUUAUGCUGCGGACUAUAUCAUGGAGAAGUUUCCAAGUCCUGACGAUGACAAAUUGUUCACGGAUUUGAUCGAGUGGAAGUCUCCCAUAACUAGAAAUUUCAUGAAAUGGUAUAAAGCUCAAAAAGAGCUUCCAGAGGAAGAUAAGGAACAAAUAAUGCAUGUGGAGUUUAGUAAAGACGAGCAGGAAAAGAUGCUAAACCUUCCGAGAAAAACAUACUUGAUUAAUGAUGUGUAUAAACCUCAGUUGUUAGGACUUUUGGUAUCAUUAUUAUUUGCAUAUCACUUUGACCUACGGGAAACGGUAGGAGACCAUACAAUUGAAAGUGCUUGGACAGUUGGAAAACUAACUCCUCAAUUCGCCUGUUUAGAUUCACAAAUAGCAAUAUCUGGUGAACAAAAUAAAGAAAACUUUUUAAAAUCUAUUGCCAUAACCAGCAUAAGAAGAGCUUUAUCGUUCCCGUUACAUAGAAACUAUAAAUUAGUAUCAAGAGUAUGGGAUGACGUCUAUUAUAACUUGAGAGGUGGGAAACGGUUGGUGUUAAAGUCUUUACUAGAUUUAAAGGAAUUAUUUCGGUAUCAUGAUGUUUAUUAUGUCUAUGAUAAAAUUUGGUUAGAGGAUUUAUGUUCUUGGAUUAUUAGUGAUCAAGUUACUGAAGGGAUGAUUAGAAAUUUGGCUCAUGACUUAAGAAAGGAAUAUGUUGCAUUGUCUAAAACGGAGAUCACAUUCGAAAAAUUAGAAAAACAAGAGGACAACGACAAUAUUGGGGAGGAUAACGAGGAUGAAAUGGUGGCAUUAAAUAUACAAGAAGUUGAAAUAAUGGCUCAAGAGCUGUUUGAUGCGUAUCAAAACCAGUGA